CGAGGAUCUGUCAAUUUCUUUUCUAGAUCACGUGACCCUGGCCUCAGUUGGACUGGAUAGAGAUGGAUUUCCACGUCAUCUUACGUCUCAAAAUUUCUGCCUCGCGGAUACCCCUACAACUCGGCUGCACGUAUUACGUUCCGGGGGCUGAUUUUUCCACGUUGCCCUCUUUCCUUUCCCAAAGUCCGUCUUCUCGUCCCGUCACCUACUCCUACUCAUCUAACCUGCCUCAGGUACAGCAUGUCAGGGAGGUUACAUUCCGAGACUAUGCUAUUGACGCGUCCGGUAAAUGGCCUCAUCGGGGUCCACUGGCUCAGUGUUAUCCGUCGGAGGACAUAGUGCACAGGGAGUGUUUACCAGCGGCAACGACAGUUGGUGAAAUGUUCCCCAAGAAUAAUGCAUCUGCGUAUUAUCACUCAUCGAACUCGACCUCCGCGUCCAAUUUCUACGGCAGUGUUGGAAGAAACGGGGUGCUUCCUCAAGCAUUUGACCAGUUUUUUGACACCGCCUACGGGGGCUCGGACAGUGUAGCGAACAGCGACUAUGCAGCAAGGGAUAAAAUGCACUCCAGCAAGCAGCCAACGCCGACGCCCGCACCGGAGCAGGAGUCCGAAGGAAAGGAGCGACAGGAGACCAGUAGUCCCGAAUCUUCUUCCGGAAACAACGAGGAAAAGACUAGCGGUGCGAGCAGUGGACCCAGGGUUCGCAAGAAGAGAUGUCCCUAUACAAAAUUUCAAAUCCGGGAGCUCGAAAGGGAAUUUUUCUUCAGCGUGUACAUCAACAAAGAGAAACGACUUCAGCUCUCACGGAUGCUUAACCUUACCGAUCGCCAAGUAAAAAUUUGGUUCCAGAACCGGCGGAUGAAGGAAAAGAAACUAAAUCGGGACCGGUUACAGUACUACAGUGCCAACCCACUGCUCUAGGGCAAGGGAAUAACGACAGAUACACAUAUACAACAGCUGCAGUAAUGAGAUCACAUACAGACGUUAUACAGCGGUUAACUUCAAGUUCGUGACAAGGCACCAUUCACUUGUAUACAAUUACAGAGAUCAUAUAGGACAUUGAAUUUCACAGUUUAAAUACGGGUUGUUUUGUGCUCGUAAUAGAUAAACGUAUACAAUUUUGUGGCGAACAGCAAUGAUUUAAUGAAGAGCUCGUGAUACACACUGAACAUGGACUAUUCCGCUUGCAUUUGUGAUGGACUACACGCGAAGACUGAGUGCAACUGGCUUAAAUAUUUGGGUCUAAACGAGGAAAGGUUUUUGACAAGCCAUUCGUAUGGCGUGUUAAUUUGUGUGGAGGAAUGUAGUACAGGUUGGCCUAUAUAUAAACUGCUAAAAUGUUAGCGUGACUGAUCCCAGUUUCCGAAUUAUUUAUUUGAUUUGCCACCAAAUAGAAUUUCUUCCAUCGUUGUUAGUGAACGUCUUUAAGCAAUAACACUUUCUUCUACGGCCGUCUCUCGGGAAUGUAAACGACUCAUUACAAGCAACUAUGUACUGAUUAUAUUCUGAUCAUCCAAAGUUUUCACUUGCUGCAAACUCUGUGAACAAAGAAAUAAAACGGAUCGUGAGCUUGACUAAAUGGAGAAUAUGCAAUCUCGAUUAUAAACAUUUCCGGACUCGGAAUUGUAAUCUUCGAAAGUGGACUUUUUCAGGCUUAAGAAAUAACGUUUUCACGAUUACCUUAUUUGCCCAUGUUCUGUUUUGCACCGCUAUGAACAUUGUCCUGGGUUUAAAAUAGGGUUUGGCUGAUUGUAAUUCAGAAAAUAAUCUGUAUGACAUAUAUUUCCUCAAUUAAGUAAUUAAAGGGGUACAACGUAUAUUUGUAGCACACCGUCUUAUUUUCAAAUAUAUCUAUAAUUGUGUGCAUAUACAUUGUGCAUGAGUCUUCACAUGCGCAUUAUGUGCAUUUAUGAAAAGCUUUGUUUUGUUUCGUUUUUCUUCUUUUUCUCAAGAAUUCUCUCGGACCAUGGCAUGAAACAAUAGUUACCUGACAGUUUUACCGUCACAGUGGUUACAGUAUUUGCAGUUAUCAUCUGAAUGUUUAUGGCCGUACUCGUAGUGUUCAUAUAUGACAGCCUAAGAGCAAUAAACUAAAGACAGAAGGAGAGAGAAAGAAAGUAGAAGAGAGGGGGAGAGAAAGACUAAGCUUUAUGGUUGCUUGCCGCGGAGCGACUUGGCCUGGCUGGCGCAUCCUUUGAGGCGCUGAGGAAUAUCCGCCUAAUUACGGGGACAUCCUCCUUGUUGCUUCAGCAACACGACCAUAAAAGCUGUCUGUGUCUGAAGCAUUUGGGCAAUUGCAGUGUGGUGCCAUAAACCGUCUGAGAACCAAGGUUAUUAGCCACGAUUCCAAGGGUACAGAGGCAAAGAGAUUUUGAGGUGCGGCUUUCAGGAGUGCUCGUGUGCUUUCUGUCUGUUGUAUUACUUUCACACUAAAAGUUUUUCAAGACGCGUGUUGUGCUGUUUCCUCUGUUUUAUUUAUUGAUUAUUAUUAUUUUAAUUUAGUUUUUCUCUAUUUACAUAUUGCAUGCAAUGAUAACUCUUCCAUGAGUAGGUUCAAAUGGCUUCCAUUGGGAGGCACUCGUGAGAUCAAUGUCAUGGCCGUGGAUCAUCGACUGAACAGAAGGACAUUUGCAGACUGAAAUAUCUGAACGUCAAAAAUAUUUUGAAUCGUUGU